AUGGACGUGGCAGGUCUGCGAAACCGUAUCCAGGCCACCCUCGAUGCCAAUGGCGAUAUCAGGCGACAGGCUGAGCUGGAUCUCAAAUACGCUGAGGGCCAACCUGGAUUUCCAAAUGCGCUGUGCGAUAUUCUCCAGGCCGAGCAAGACCAGGCUGUUCGACUCUCCACCGUUGUCUACUUAAAAAACAGAGUGAUUCGAGGAUGGUCGCCGGAAGAGGACCAUUCGCCUCACAAGCCCAUCCUAGAGGAGGAACGGGCGCCGCUGCGAAACCGCUUACUUCCCAUGCUCGCGUCGACACCACCGCCGAUCAGAUCGCAACUGAUCCCCAUGCUUUCGAAGAUCUUGCAGCACGAUUUUCCGCAAAAAUGGCCGGAUUUCAUGGAUAUCACGCUACAGCUAUUGAACGGCAGUGAUGUUAACUCGGUAUUUGCUGGACUUCAAUGCCUACUGGCUAUUUGCCGGGUCUACAGUUAUAAAGCGACCGAGAAGAAAGCCGAAUUCGAUGAAAUCGUGAACCAUUCGUUCCCUCAGUUACUUAACAUUGGUUCUCGCUUAGUUAACGAGGAAAAUGAGGAGGCUGGAGAGAUGCUUCGAACCGUAAUGAAGGCGUACAAACAUGCCAUUUAUAAAGCUGACUGGUUCACCCUUCCCUUUCAACAGCUGGAGCUCCCCUCGCACCUCAUGUCCCACCAAGCCACCGUCGAUUGGUGCACAUUGUUCCUGAGGAUAAUCGACAAAACACCCCCUGCAAGCUCGAUGCCUGAAGAUCCUGCUGAACGGGAGCUCACUCAUUGGUGGAAAUCUAAAAAAUGGGCAUACGCCAACUUAAAUCGUCUGUUUGUUAGAUACGGCAACCCAUCGACGCUGGGAAAGACUAGCCAAGCGGAUUAUUCUGCUUACUCCAAAACGUUUAUCACCACUUUCGCCCCAGAAAUUCUAAAAGGAUAUCUGCAGCAAGUAGACAAAUGGGUUUCCGGAGGAUUAUGGCUAAGCAAACCAGCUCUCUCUUACACCCUGGUAUUCCUCGAGGAGUGUGUCAAACCUAAGUUGGUCUGGGAACAUUUAAAGCAUCACAUCGACAAUUUAAUUGCACAUCUAGUUUUCCCUCUUCUCUGCCAGACUGAUGAGGAUAUCGAGUUGUUUGAUUCUGAUCCAGCAGAAUAUCUUCACCGCAAAUUGAACGUAUUUGAAGAGGUCUCCGCUCCGGAUGUUGCCGCCACCAAUUUCCUUAUUGCCCUGACGAAAACCCGAAAGAAGCAGACUUUCUCGAUCCUUACUUUUGUGAACAGCGUUGUUAGCAAAUACGAAUCUGCACCAGAUGAGCAGAAACAGCCUCGCGAAAAAGAAGGCGCUCUGCGCAUGAUUGGGUCCUUAGCUUCAGUCAUCCUUGGGAAGAAAAGUCCCAUUGCUGAUCAAGUAGAAUAUUUUUUUGUGCGCCAUGUCUUCCCAGAAUUCCGCAGUCCUCAUGGUUAUCUCCGUGCCCGUGCCUGCGAUACCUUGGAAAAAUUUGAGCAACUUGAUUUCCAGGAUCCGAACAAUCUUAUGACUAUUUACAGGAGCAUUUUGGAUGCUCUAGCGGACCCUGCUUUGCCUGUCAGGGUUGAAGCUGCCCUUGCUUUACAGCCUUUAAUUCGCCAUAACGUUAUCCGCACCUCAAUGCAGACUAAUAUUCCACAAAUCAUGCAGCAACUUCUGAAAUUGGCCAAUGAAGUGGAUGUCGACGCUUUGGCAAACGUCAUGGAAGAUUUUGUUGAAGUAUUUUCCGCUGAGUUGACUCCUUUUGCUGUUGCUUUGUGCGAACAACUGCGUGACACGUAUAUGCGCAUCAUCCGGGAUUUGCUUGACCGAAAGAGCACCAAAGGUGAGGACGAUAUUUAUGGAGACUUCUUGGAUGAUAAGAGUAUCACUGCACUGGGUGUUCUGCAAACAAUUGGAACACUUAUUCUCACUCUCGAAAGCACGCCUGAUGUACUGCUACAUCUGGAAACAAUUUUGAUGCCAAUUAUCUCAAUUACUUUAGAAAAUAAGCUCUAUGACCUGUACAACGAGAUUUUCGAAAUCAUCGACUCCUGCACGUAUGCUGCAAAGUCAAUAUCCCCAACCAUGUGGCAGGCUUUCAUUCUGGUUCACAAAACAUUCAAAACAGGGGCAGAGCUCUACCUAGAAGAUAUGCUCCCUGCCCUGGAUAAUUAUGUGACCUAUGGAACUUCUAUGUUAAUAGAGAACCCGGAAUACUUGGCCGCGAUUGUAAGCAUGGUAGAAGAUAUUUUCCACGACGACAAAACAGGAGGCGUGGACAGAAUCUGCGCAUGCAAACUUGCCGAGGCCAUAAUGCUAAAUCUGCGUGGCCAUGUGGAUCAAUACGUCCCGGUGUUUAUUAGCCUUUCCAUGCCAAUCUUAUCCAACGAUGAAACCAAGACAAAGUCGUACCGCAUUCACCUCAUGGAAAUGGUAAUCAAUGCAAUCUACUAUAACCCCGUGCUAGCGCUACAAGUUUUGGAGGGUAAUGGGUGGACCAACAAGUUUUUCAGCAGUUGGUUCUCAAAUAUUGAUGGUUUCAAGAGGGUUCAUGACAAGAAGCUGUCUAUUGUAGCCAUCAGCGCCCUUUUGACGCUGAGAGCUGAAGAUGUACCAGCAAGUGUACAGCCAGGCUGGCCCCGGCUUCUCCAAGGCAUUAGCAGACUUUUCCAAACUUUGCCAGCUGCCGUCAAGUUGCGGGAGCAAGCGACGAAGGAUUCUGACUUGCAGUUCGAUGAUACUGGGGACGAUGAUGAUGACUACGAUAAUGACUGGAGUGGAGAAGUCGAGUGGACUGAGCAAGAUGAGGCAGAAGGUGGUGACGGUGACGUUGCCGAUGAGGGCUCUGCCUAUAUUGAGUUCUUGAAUCGUGAGGCGGCAAAACUUUCAUCUCUGCCAGACGAUGAUGAAGACGAGCUGGAGGAAGGAAGUUUGCUGGAAUCUCCACUUGACAAAGUUGAACCAUACUCUGUGUUUAAAUCUUCUCUAUUGAACCUUCAACAGGGCCAGCCGCAUCUUUACGAGAACCUGACCAAAAUUCUCAGCGCGGAGGAGCAACAAAUUAUUCAGGGAGUGAUUAAUGAGGCAGAUGCGCAGGCUUUGGCAGCAGAGGCAAAUGCUGGCCUGGCUAAGUCGAACGGCGGUACUUGA